CACAUAACAUUCAUUUUAAUAUUUGCGAAAAGCCAACAAUAUAAUAUGUAUCUAUAACACUUUCUUGAUUUGCGCCUGACACUUGAAAUCUGGGAGCUUUUUUCAACAACACUCAGGGUACCAGUUUAUUUUGCUUUUUGUCCAUAAUCUGAAUCAUAUUGGGUUAUCCAAGUGGGAGAAGCUUCAUGUUCAUCUACUGGCUGCCAGCAACACUAACCAACCCCUUUUGUAUUCCCUCAGUUAAAAGCUGGCUGACCUGGCGCUUUGGCUUAGACAUGACCUACUUAAUGGAGGAUUCACGAAAGAAUUGCUAGUUCCGGAUGACAUGAACAUAAAUAGCAUUUGCAGGAACAGUGGUAGUAUGUCCAUCACAACACACUUGAAGGGUUUUUUUUGAAGCACACCAAGUAUUUGGGUUUAAAUCAGAGAGUGUUUGGAUUGCCUUUGGUUCAGAUCCAUCUUCUCACACUGACUCCUCUGACACGCAGCCACAAUCAGCACUCUAAACCAGUAACUUAGUGCAAAAUCCUCUUUUUGAGGUGCCAGGUGCCUUUGACUCUACAGGUUAUUCCCUCCUCAAACUCUUCAUUGUUUUUGACUCCUCUAACUUUUUCCCCUCAUGAAUAUUUUGGCUUUACUCACUAGCACUUUGGCAGUACUUCCUUCAGAACACCCUCACAAACUUUCAUCUUCCUUCUGAAGUGCUCUGUUGCUCUGCACUUGGCCCCAGUUCCCUUCCUAAUAUGAUUCUUGCCUGCUAAUCACAGGUCUUCCCACUCUCCCAACCCAUUUCAGAGAAGUAUUUGCCUCCCAGAUUCCUUUAACCAUACUCCCUCUAGCCUAUCCUGCUUUUGCUGAUUCCACUGCUUUGGGAUCUGCACACCAAAGCUAAAGUGACAACUGGUGACUCCAGGAAUGGGCCAUUCCUUCUGACAUUAUUUCAUCAGCCAAGUUUUGCGAAUCAAAUAUGGGUCCUUUUUGCUUUCAGAUGCAAAGAAAAGCAGAAAUACUCAUGCCUCUCUCAGCUGCAUUGUGCUUUAAGAGUUAUGAAAUUGAGUCCUUACUGGAUACUCAAGCACAAUUCCAUUUCCUUGAGAGUUUUGAACAUAUGCAGGAUCAUCAGAGAAAGUGUCCCAUGAUCCCUAAUCCUGUAGUUGAGGGAAGAGGUGUCAGCCAAAUAGUGACCAUAGCCCAUCCUUGGUGCAGUCAUAGCAUGUCUGGCAGGGCUGGGUGGUACAGGUGAGGCUUGAAGCUGCUGUAGCUCCUCUCACAGGAUCGUGCUCUCUGUGGACCUUGUAUAAACACAGACUGAUUCAGAGCACACCUGCUGGUUUUGCAGAUAGGCUGCCCUCUCCAGCACUUUUCCCUCCACCCAAGUUGCAUAGACAAGCUCUACUUUAAUAUAAAUACAGUUUAACUAGUCAACUUUUGAUGAAAAAGGACUUGUUCUGCACUGAAAAAAUAAAGAAAAACACUUUGGGGAAUACAGUUUACCUGUAAACACCAUGUGCAUAUAGCCACAAAGUUACUGAGUUCCUGAAAUUUCCUCUUGUGGUGUGUUAGGUUGAUAUCGUGGUACAUUAGAGUCUAAAUGUUCAGAUAAUUAGGCCAAUGCUUUUUGUGUUCUCACGAUCACUCUGGAGAGGUUCAGCAGAAGAGAGGUCUCCUUUGGAGUAUCUGGAUAUUCUGUACUCAGCCCAAAGUUGUGGUUUAUACAAGCCUAAAAUAAAAAACAAUGUGUUCCCUCUCCUCUCAGAGCAUUUUUGACAUAUUCUCAGAGAGAGAUCAGGACAGCCACCGGGGAAGUAAUUGUCACUUGCAAUGUGGCUCUCAUCCAGGGAUCAGGCAGAGCACUGUGAGCUCAAAGCUGUGGUAACUUUAGUAAGUGUGACAUUCUCUAGGCAGAAUGUGAGGUCCUGUUGCUAUAAUACACACAUAUUUUUUACCCAUACUACCAGAGGGAGAGAUGAUGAGGCCAUGUACUUCAGCAGCCAUGAGCCAGCACAUUGGGAAGCUCUAUAGAUCUGCAGUGUCUUCAUUCAUCUUCUUCUUGGUGGUGGAUGUAGGAGUUACUGGUGAAGGUGCAAACAAGGAGAAUGCAGCAACUGUGACUCAUGUAACAGCACAGCCCUUGUUGUUGACACCUGAGCCUUGGAACCUUUUGGUGACUCAAACACCAGCCAAGGAGAAAGCCAAAGAAGGUGAAACUGUGACCUUGAACUGUCAUCUUAACAGUCCACAGCAUCCCUCUCUGACCGACCUGAUGGUGAAGUGGUACAAAGAAGAUGAAAAAGGGCAGAUGGACCUGCUAGAAAAGAAUGUGACCAUCUUGCCAAAUAACUCCAGGAUCUUCACAAGUGGAGACUUGUCCCAAGGGGAUGUUUCCCUGAUUAUCCUCAAUGUGACAAGCAGUGACCAUGGUAUUUAUUUCUGUGAGGUUACACUUCCGGAUGGGAAGGUGGUGACAGGAGAUGGCACAAAGCUCAGGAUCAGGAGGGCUCUGGGCUUGUUUGGUAUAGAAGAAUCCAUUGGAACAAUCAUUGGGGUUGUGGCAGCUGGUAUUGGAGGCAUAGUGGUUCUGAUUAUUGUUUUAACCCCACAACUGAGGAAGUGCAUCCUCUGCAUGAGACAAGAGUCUCGCCAAAGCAUAGCUUGAGGUGCAGCAUUGCAGGAGUCGCUGGGAUGUGCAAAGCCUGCAGGUGGAACAACUUCUGAUGCCUCAUAAGCCAAAACCCGGAGUUCUAGACAGAAUAAAAGCCUUUGCCUCUA